UCAGAGUUCUCCUGGCAGCCAUCAUGAAGGGUACAGUCUCGAUCUGCUGUUUCCUCUCCCUGCUGCUUUUGCAGGCCACAGCAGAAGAAGAAGAUUUCACCUCCGUCCUCAGAGACAGAUCUCACAUCGAUGAGACACUGCGACUUGCUGCUGAGGAAAAAGCAGGAGACUAUGCAGCGGCUCUACAGAGGUUGCGGAAGAUAUAUCACACAUCCAUCAAGCCGAUGGAGCAGGCCUACAAGUACAAUGAGCUGAGGCAGCACGAGAUCUCAGAUGGAGAGAUCACUUCCAAACCCAUGGUCCUCUUCCUGGGACCCUGGAGUGUAGGAAAGUCCUCCAUGAUCAAUUACCUCCUGGGCUUAAAUGACAGCCCCUAUCAGCUCUACACAGGAGCUGAGCCUACUACCUCUGAGUUCACCGUUAUUAUGCACGGGGAAAAAAUCCGCUCUGUCGAGGGUAUUGUUAUGGCAGCAGACAGCUCUCGUUCUUUCUCGCCCUUGGAGAAGUUUGGCCAAAACUUCCUAGAGAAGCUGAUCGGUAUUGAGAUGCCCCACAAGCUGCUCGAACGUGUGACCUUUGUGGAUACACCGGGAAUCAUUGAGAACCGCAAGCAGCAGGAGAGAGGCUAUCCUUUCAAUGAUGUUUGCCAGUGGUUCAUUGACCGUGCUGACCUGAUCUUCGUGGUGUUUGACCCCACCAAGCUGGAUGUUGGCCUGGAGCUGGAGAUGCUCUUCCGUCAGUUGAAGGGUCGCGAGUCCCAGAUCCGCAUCAUCCUAAACAAGGCUGACAACCUGGCCACCCAGGACCUAAUGAGAGUCUAUGGAGCACUUUUCUGGAGCUUGGCUCCUCUCAUCAAUGUGACUGAACCCCCCCGCGUCUACGUCAGCUCCUUCUGGCCAUAUGACUAUGCACCUGACACCAGUCGUGAGCUCUUCAAGCGAGAGGAAAUCUCUCUUUUGGAAGAUCUGAACCAGGUGAUUGAAAACCGCAUGGAGAACAAGAUUGCCUUCAUCCGCCAGCAUGGCAUCCGUGUGCGCAUCCACGGCCUGCUGGUGGACCGCUAUGUCCAGACCUUUAAAGAGAAGAUGAGCUUCUUCAGCGACCCUGAACUAGUCUUUAAGGAGAUUGUGGACGACCCAGACAAGUUCUACAUUUUCAAAUCUAUCCUAGCCAAGACCAACGUCAGCAAGUUUGACCUGCCCAACCGUGAUGCUUACCGUGACUUCUUUGGCAUCAACCCCAUCGCCAACUUCAAGCCCCUUUCGGCUCAGUGCUCCUACAUGGGAGGAUGCCUGCUGGAAAAGAUUGAGAAGGCAAUUACCAAUGAGCUGCCCGCCCUUCUGAGCAGCAUUAACUCUGGCAAACAGCCUGGCCUGUCCUCCUGCGAGGCUACCGGCUGUGGUGAGAAGCCAAAGAAUCGGUACCGGAAGAACUGAAAAACACAAAAUAACUUGAGUGGGGGAAGUAAGGAGAAAGAGGAGGUGAAGAGAAGGGGCCUGGUGGAAGCCAACCCUGCUUUUGUCAGAACGCCUGUAUUGUUGAGGAGACAGAGGAGAUGAAAUUAGUGUUUGUUUGUUUUUUUCCUCAGGAGAAUAUGAGGAGGUGAAUUUAGGAGUCGUGGGAAUGACGCAGAUAGUGGGAGGGAAGAGUAAUUGUUUGAUAAGGCAGCUUAAGGACACAAGUGCUGAAGAAAUGAGAACAUGCCACUGAUCACAGAGUUUUGUUAAAAUGCACACCCUCCUCUCUCCCUUGCACAAUCACAGUGGACUGUCUGCGUUUUCGGGGUUGAGGAAGUAGCGUUGUGAAGAAAAACAGAAAUGGAAAAAAAAAGAAAGAAGUAAGAUCAAAUAAAAAUUGAAAAUCCUGAGACUGAAAACAGUCAAAUACCAGCUCCCUUGUAUGUGAAUAAAAUGGGAAAAGUAGAAACAGGAGUUGCAAAUUUGUGUUGUAAAAUCUAGAGAAUUGCUUUGCAGCAGGUCAAUUCCAUAUGCUUCAGAAGUUGUUUUUGAAGUAGCCUUUUUGUGGGUGCUAUACAAAGCCUUUGUGUUUGGGUGGUCAUCCAAACUUUCAACAUAGAUUAACAUUAACAUUGCAUGUUAGAUGUCACAUCUUAUUUUACAAAUGCAUGUAUGUUCCUCCUAACAAACUCACACAAUAGUUCCUCAUGAUACUGACACCUGAACCAGCCUUGCCAUGCAACAAAUGAGGCCUUUUUUUUCUUAGUUUUAUUCGCUCAUCAGUCUUGGUUGUUGACAACCUGUGAAAUGAGCACUGUCAUGGAAGCAGAGGUCAGGGUUCAAGGGUCAGAGUCUUCAGAGCAGGGUGGAUACGUUCAUUCUGUUUCACUUCUUAACUGUUCUUACUGUUUCUGUUUGUCUAUAGAUUUGCUGCUUUGGCAGAAAUUCAAUACAAUGUUAUGAAUAUUUUUUUCCUACAACAAUAAGCUUCCCAGCUUUUUUAGCUGAAUGACCACAUAAGAAAUGACACGAGAAUGUGUUUGAAUUAUAGCUGUCUUUAUCCAUUUGUUCUGCCAUUUCUUCUGCAGGCAAGAAAGGUAUUUAUUGAUUUUUCUGUGUAAACUUUCCAAAUGGGCAUUGAAGUAGGCUGUGUCUGUGUACUGAACAAUCCUGCUGCACAAUCUGACAAACUCUCACUUUGUGGGAAAAAAAAGUGGCCUGGAGAUAAUAGAGAGGAAAAGGUGAAGUGGAGGACUCAUGAGUUGACCCCUGACCUCUGUGGAAAGAAGGAAGUCCUAAAUAUUGACCCUCUACGAGAAAGGUUUGGAGUGAUACACUGUAGAUAGACACUUCAGAUACACACAUCUUUCAGCUGGGUGCAGAAACUUUUUGGAGUCUUGUCGUUACCUUAAGAUUGCUAGACCACCUGCAGCAACUCCAGGAAGUUACUGUGCCUGUCCAAGACUGUGUUUUGUUUUGUUUUGUUUUGUUUUUACAGAUUAAACAAACAUGAUACAAUGUGUUAAUUAGGGAGCUUUCGUGGUGAAGGUAGGUGGACUUUGUUACCUUUUGAAAGAAGCGGUUAACAGUUUCUCCCUGUUUUCAGACUGCAUGCUAAGCUAAGCCAACCAGCUGCUGGCUCCAGCUACAUAUUUAGAGAACUCUACAGAUAUGACAGUGGUAUCAAUCUACCAAAAUGUCAAACUACUGCUUAAAAUUCAGGGUCCUAAAUCAUCAAAGAUUAGGUAGGUAGUAAUAUCUACAAGUCCAAAAAGCACCAAGUUAUCCCACAGACCCAUCCCAGUUCUCUCUUUGUACUCCCUAACUAACCCCAUAGUGCAGAGUGUUUUCAUGACUAAAAUCUGAAGCAUAAUGGAAAAGAAAACUGACAAAUAAACCCCAGUGAAUCUCACAUUUGCUUAAUUUUCUCCAUUUCUCUGAGUGUAUGUGUUCCACAGGAUGUGUUUGGUAUGUUUACACUGCAGAUCCAGAACAUGCCCACUAGAGAGUGCUGUGUAAAAGUGUAUAAAGUUAUACAGACCACUAACUAACACCCAUUGUGGCAACAGUUUAUAGUGGGGUGAUAGCUCAGGCUAACAAUGUUGUGUGGUUGUGCUUUUGGUAUAUUUCAGUAUCAAUUAUCUUAAUUUACCUGUGAAUUAGAUCUGGAAUGGAUGUGUGUCCCAUUAAAGUAGUUGUUGGCUCACUUUUUUUGUUUUGGUAUAAAAUUUAAAUUCAUCUUGGCCCAAUUUUUGGAAGCUUGAUCAUCAAGAAUAAAGAUUUCUGAUUGACUAGA